UUGCUAUCCCCUCGCGGUUUUUCUUACGAUGAUUUGACCAGACUCUGAUCAACUCACUGAUCGAGACUUGCCACCUGUCAUAGUUUUAUCUACAUCACCGGCGUCGUUUGGGAUCCUUGCCCGAUCCUGUUCUCAGACACAGCCUGGUGCACCUGCUGCAUUGUGAAGCUCCUCGAAGGACUGUUUCUUGUCGAUACCGGUCGCGUGGAGGAUCAUCGCCCCGUGAAGCAGCAUGCAGCUCACGGAGAACGAAGCGACGGAGGUCAAGCAGUGGGUGGUCAGAAAACUGGAGGAUAUAUCUGACGCCGAUUCUGAUGUGCUCGCUGACUAUGUCUUGGCGCUGAUUCGCACCGAUGCUCCCGAUGAGGAGAUCCGGAAGGCCUCGGUGGAGAACCUGGAGGACUUUUUGAGAGAACACACCGUUCAGUUCGUUGACGAGCUCUUCACAACCUUUGCGCCCAAGCCGCAACCGGUUCCCGCCGCGCCGUAUGCGCAGGUCCAGUCCUCCUUAUCCCAUGAUGGUCCAGCGCCGGGAUCCGCUUCCCAGCCGCCACAGUCGUUCGCACCCUCGUCCGGUUCCUCGAAAGGCCCUUAUGGAUCGCCGAUGGGCGGCAUUCCCCAGGCGCAAGCGGAGGAGUCCAACUUUAAUCGCAAGCGUAGCUUCCAUGAAGGAUUCCAGGCGGAUCAGGAACGCGACGACGUCCCCCAUCAACGCACAUAUAAGACCCCGCGCCGGGGGCGUGGCGGUGGCCGAGGCGACUGGAUGGGCAGGGAUGGCGGCCGUGCAGGACCUGGUGGCCCGGGGCAAUUCCACCCUGGUGCGGCGGGAUUCCCGGUUAUGCCUCCUACGUUCCCGGGCUUUGACCAGAAUGAUCCGAUGGCCGCGAUGAUGGCUCUACAGAGUAUGGGUUUCCCGCAGAUGCCGGGGAUGCCCCCGAUGCCCAUGACGCCCUCGGGCGCCGGUGGCCAACAGCCGGAUAAGAUGGGACCCAAGAGCUCGGAGCGGUGUCCGUUCUAUGAAACCCAGGGGAUCUGCUACCUGGGCGCUACCUGCCCGUAUCAGCACGAUGUCAUGCCCGGGAUCGCCAAGGACGAUGAGUACGACCCCAAAUCCUCCAAUUUGAUCACCGACUUCCAACGGCGCACGGAUCCGCCCAUGCGUGGCAGUGACCGAGGUCGUGGCCGCGGUCGUGGGGGAGACCGUGGCGGUUUCGGAGGUCGAGGACGUCGGUCUGAAUUUUCCGCGGCUGGACCCAACGAGGAUACCUCAAUCACGACCAUCGUGGUCGAACAGAUUCCUGACGACAAGCUCGAUGACGCCAACGUCCGGGAGUUCUUCUCUCAGUACGGUGAAAUCGUGGACAUUUCGCUACAGCCACACCGGAGACUGGCCUUGAUUACCUACGAUAGCCACGCGGCGGCCAAGCGGGCCUGGUCCAGCCCCAAGGUGAUCUUUGACAACCGGUUCGUCAAGGUCUACUGGCAUCGGCCCAAGGGUGACCGCAAUGGCGACCAACGGCCUCCCCCGGGCGACGCCAUGAGCGAGGAACCCGCCUUUAACCGCGAGGAGUUUGAGAGACAGCAAGAGGAAGCCCAAAAGGCGCACGAGGAGAAGCUGAAGAAGCGCAAGGAAACGGAAGAAGCGAAACAAGCUCUGGAACGACAGCGCGAGGAACUCCUCAAGAAGCAGCAAGAAGAGAAGCUCCGCCUGAUGCAGAAGCUCGGUGGGAAAGAUACCAGUGACGGCAACGCCUCGCCUGCGGACGAGAGCCAAUCGCAGGAAGAUGUCAGCGACCAGACCCGACAGCUUCGCGCGCAGCUGGCGGCCCUCGAAGCCGAAGCCAAGAGUCUCGGAAUCGACCCCAACGGCGGUGCGGGCUCACAGUAUCCGCCCCGCGGCCGCGGACGGGGAUACCUUGGCCGCGGUGGAUUCCCGCCCCGGGGACGCGGCUACGACCCGUCCUAUCGCGGUGGAUAUCGGGGGCGUGGCGGCAUGGCUCGUGGCCGGGGGGGUGUUCUUCGUCUGGACAACCGACCCCGACGGGUGGCCAUUUCAGGCGUGGAAUUCAACUCGGAGAAGGAUGAGGCUUUGAGACAGUUCCUGAUUGGCGUCGGCGAGUACGAAUCUAUCGAACCCAACCCGGAGCAGCCCGACUCGCUCAUCGUGGCGUUCAAGGAACGGUACCUGGCGGAGAAGUUCAUGUUUGGAGCGCGCGACAUCCCAUCGGUGGGCCAAGUGCAGCUCAGCUGGGUGCCGAACCCGCCGAUCAGUCUUCCCGCUGGGGGACCCUCCUCGGGCCCAGGCUCGGAUACCAACAAGACCGGGUCGGACGAGGACAUGGUGAUGGACAAUGCGACGGACCAGACGGGCGGACGGAAAGAUGUGGCCCAUGAUGUGGACUAUGAUGUGGCCGAGGUGGAUGACAGCUGGGAGUGAUACCUCGGGGCUGAAAGGGAUGGGAUGGGAUUGGAGUGUUACGAUGGAUAGAUCUGUUUCGAUUUCAUAUUUGUGGCAGGCGUAUUCAGGCCGGAAAAUGAUGCAUGUCUUCGAUCGUGAUAUAUUUAUCCCAUAUCCCAUCCCGUGGCAUCGAUAUCAAGGACACGCCGGAGUAGAUAAAAUAUAAUGCUGAGCAUGACA